AUGGGUAGUGAAAGUGAGAUGAUCCCAUGUCUGGAUUUUUCCAUUGAUGAGUUGGGAUCAGAGGAUAUUGGGAGAGAAAAAUGGGAAGAAUUGUGUAAGAAAGUAAGAGAAGCAUGUGAGAGUUAUGGUUGUUUUCUCUUAAUAUAUGAUAAGAUCCCAAAGGGUCUAUGUGAAGACAUGUUUAUAGGCAUAAAAGCCUUGUUUGAUUUACCUGAAGAAACCAAGAGGAAGCACACAAGCCCAAAGCCUUACAGGAGCUACAAUGGUGAGUGUCCCGUUAUUCCUCUCUGUCAAAGCUUUGGGAUUGAUGAUGCACACCUCUCUGAUACUGCUCAGGCCUUCACUAACCUCAUGUGGCCUCAAGGGCACCCGGUUUUCUGUGAGAUACUGAAGUCCAUGAGCUCAGAGAUGCUUGAACUGAGUUUCCUCAUCAUGAAGAUGAUUCUCGAGAGUUAUGAUCUUCCAAAGCAAUACACUUCGGAUAUUGAAGACAUGAAGAGCACUAGUAAUUUUAGGAUGAUAAAGUACAAAGUUCCUGAAAGCGACAAAGAUUGUGAAGCUGCCUUGUUGCCUCACACCGACAAAAGUGCCUUAACCAUUUUAUGCCAAAAUGAAGUUCAGGGUCUUCAGGUGCUAACCAAAACAGGUAAAUGGGUUCAAUUGGAGAUACCCCAAGAUGGCUUUGUUGUCUUUGUUGGUGACAUACUCAAGGCAUGGAGCAAUGGGAGACUUCAUGCAGCUACACACAGAGUGAUGAUGAGUGGAGAUCAAGAGAGGUACUCAUUUGGACUAUUUGCAGUGCCAAAGGAAGAGGUGAAGAUUGAAGUGCCCCCUGAAUUUGUGGAUGAAAAAAUGCAUCCUCUGCGUUAUCGACCAUUCAAUUAUGGGGAGUACUUCCACUACUUUGUUUCAACUCUCAAGGAAAAUGCACUUGAUGUUUUUGCAGGCGUUUAA